AUGUCUUGUCGGAGCUUUUUAGUUGCGAUUAGUGUUCUUGCGGCGGUUCUCCUCGCGGAGGUUACGGCGGCGGCGGCGGCGGCAAAGACGGCGAUUUUGAUAACUGUGGAUCAAUCCGGGAAGGGGAAUUUUACGAAGAUUCAAGAGGCGAUUGAUGCAGUGCCGGAAAAUAACAGGGAGGAGGUGUUUAUUGCGGUGAAGGCGGGGAUUUACAGAGAGAAAUUGGUGGUUCCGGCGAAUAAACCGUACAUUACAAUCAGUGGAAGAACGGCGGCGGAUACGAUCAUCAGUUGGAAUGAUAGCAAAAAUACUUAUAAUUCUGCAACUCUUGCAGUUUUGGCCUCUGAUUUCGUUGGAAGAUACCUCACAAUUCAGAAUGAGUUCGGGCCAGGUGCACAAGCAGUGGCAUUACGGGUAUCAGGAGAUAGAGUAUCAUUCACCGCAUGCAGAUUUCUAGGCCAUCAAGACACUCUUCUAGACGACAUUGGCCGCCAUUACUACAAAAGUUGUUACAUUCAAGGAGCCACCGAUUUCAUUUGUGGGAAUGCGGCUUCACUUUUCGAGAAUUGCCAUCUGCGGUCAGUUUCGGACGCCGUCGGGACCAUCACAGCCCAACGAAGAGAAUCACCGUCAGAGAAUACGGGGUUCGUAUUCAUGGGAUGUAAAAUCACUGGAAUCAACUCCGCAGUUUUAGGAAGGCCAUGGGGAGCAUUCUCAAGGGUCGUCUUUGGUUUCACUUACAUGUCUGACCUUAUUCUCCCUGAGGGUUGGGACGACUGGCAAGACCCAUCCAAACAAAGCACGGUGUUCUAUGGGCAAUACAGAUGUUAUGGAAAAGGAGCCAAUCCAUCCAGAAGGGUACCAUGGUCAUUUACUAACAUGACUACCGAAGAAGCUGCACCAUUUUUCACUAAAUCCUUCAUUGGCGCUGCUGAUUGGCUCAGGCCAUUGCCAACCCAUUUCAAGAGAGCCUUCUCUUCCAAACCCUAA